UGUGUGUGUAUAGUUCUCUCAUUUCUCUCAAUACAAAGGCAUAUGCUCUCAGCUCAUCAAAGCUAAUUAAGAGACAAAGGUUUUACAAAAUUUCUCUGCAGCCUGCAGGUCUGGCGUUUCAUCUGCCCCGAAUUUCAUGGUGGAUUAAUUAAUUAAUUAGCUCAGGGAAAAUGGAGGUCGAGAAGAGUACCAAUAAGCAGCAGCCAUCACACUACUCUUGGCUAGCUUCCUGCACCAAAUGCUUUCCCGUGUAUUCCUCAAAGCCGUCGCAGCCGCCACCUCCGCCGGAAAAGGAAUUAACGCCGGAGAAAGACGGCACCUCGGUUUUGCCAAGUUCAAAGACCACCAAAAGAAAGCAUGGUGGAUGGAAGGCCAUGCCUUUUGUCUUGGGGAACGAAACGUUCGAGAGGCUGGCUACGUUUGGGUUGCUGGCCAACUUCAUGAUUUUCCUGCUAACCGAGUUCCACAUGGAGCAGGCAUCCGCUGCGAACCUUCUCAACAUCUGGUCCGGUGUUACCAAUUUUGUACCGUUGAUUGGUGCCUUCAUCUCUGAUGCCUACGUUGGCAGAUUCUGGACCAUUGGAUUCGCCUCCUUCGCAUCCCUUCUCGGGAUGAUAGCUUUAACCCUAAUAGCCUGGAUUCCUCAACUGCAUCCUCCCAAGUGCAGCCCACAAAAGGUCCAGCAGCUUCAUCAUUGCAAAGGGGCCAGCGCACCUCAGAUGGGCCUUCUAAUCCUGGCCCUUGGAUUUCUAUCCAUAGGGACAGGUGGAAUCAGGCCAUGCAGCCUGCCAUUCGGAGUGGACCAGUUUGAUGCAACCACAGAGGAAGGCAAGAAAGGGAUCAACAGCUUCUUCAAUUGGUACUACACCACGUUUACAUUGGUCUUGAUACUGGCUCUCACUGUGGUGGUUUACAUUCAAGACAGCGUGAGCUGGGUGCUGGGAUUUGGCAUUCCCACUGUGCUCAUGGUUGGCUCCAUUCUGCUCUUCUUUAUUGGGACAAGGGUAUAUGUGUAUGUGAAGCCCGAAGGGAGCGUGUUCUCCGGCAUCGGUCAGGUGCUUGUGGCCGCUUACAGGAAGCGAAAGCUUAAGCUUCCGGACAAAGGAGAGGUUGAGGUUCACGGUCUUUUCUAUGAUCCACAGCUGCUAGGUACCAGAGUGGCAAAACUCCCAAUCACUGAUCAAUUCAGGUUCUUGAACAAAGCUGCCAUAGUUUUAGACCAUGAACUAAACCCCGACGGUUCAUGUUCGAAUCCAUGGCGGCUCUGCACCAUCCAUCAGGUUGAGGAAGUCAAAUGCCUGUUGAAAAUAGUCCCAGUCUGGGCUUCGGGCAUCAUCUCCUUCACCGCCAUGGCUCAACAAGCCACAUUUACCAUAUCACAAGCCCUAAAAACAGACCGCCACCUCGGCCCCCAUUUCCAAAUCCCUCCCGGAUCUCUCAUGGUCAUUUCCAUGAUCACAGUCGGGCUAUGGCUCCCAUUUUACGAUCGAAUCGUUGUACCCACACUAGGAAAGUUGACGGGUCUUGAAGGUGGAAUCACGCUGCUCCAAAGAAUAGGGAUUGGCAUUGUCUUCUCCAUCGUCUCGAUGAUCGUUGCCGGAUUUAUUGAGCAGAUGAGAAGGGCUUCGGCCAUAUCCCACGGCCGGCCCGACGGGAUCGCACCCAUAUCAGUCCUAUGGCUCGCCCCGCAGCUUAGCAUAAUGGGAUUUGCCGAGGCAUUCAACAUUAUAGGGCAGAUUGAGUUUUACUACAAGGAGUUUCCCGAGAACAUGAGCAGCGUCGCUAAUUCUCUCUUCUUUUGCACCAUUGCUGGGGCUAAUUACCUGAGCAGCUUAAUGAUAGCCAUCGUGCAUGGAACCACGGGAGGGCAUGACCGGCCGGACUGGUUAACCGCCGAUAUUAAUUCUGGCAGAGUUGACUACUUCUACUUCCUGAUUGCAGGAUUGGGAAUUGUGAAUUUAGUGUAUUUUCUGGUCGUUUCUCGUGCGUAUCGUUACAAGGAUGGCGUUCAAAGCAUGGAGGAGAGGCCCCAGUUUGAUGUUGAGAUGAUUGGCAGUCAACAUUGAAACUAUUUCGUGUUUAAUCACAGGGAGUUCUCUAGUAAUUAGUAUAAAUUCUCCCUUGUAUAGUCUUGUUGAGGCAGAAGGCGAGACAGCUAUAGUGACGUUGAUAUGGUGUCUUUAGUGGCACCACAUUAUCUACUCUUUAAGUGAAACAUAUAAUAUUUUAAAGAGUACAAUAAUAUAUUGGACUUGGGGAUGUUUCUCUUAGUUUAAA